AUGGAGGCAAGUUUUGGGGAGUCAUGUUCAUUCCGGAAGCUUGAUCUGAAGAAAUAUCCAAAAUCUGAUGCCGAGGAAGUAAGUAAGAAAGAUGGGAAGAUUUCGAUUGAGUCUAUUGACUAUGCAGACCCCUAUCGCUUCAAUCCGACAAGCUUGGCUUUUAUUGACUCCCACGGAACGAGACACAGCACAUGGAGAACUUUUAAGGCUGUUGGCAAGUCUGAGAACAAUGCUAUCAAUUUCGAAAACCGACCUGGAAAAUUGAAGAAGCCCUCAGAGAAUACACGAAUCCCGUCUCGUUCGUGGUUGAGGAUUAGCAGUGCCCGUCCAAAGCCAGAACGAGCUGUAGACCAUGGGCCAGAUAUUGCUUCUCAACCACAGAAUGAGCAAACUUCCCAAAGCAUGAAUUCCUUGGCAGGUGGAUCUGCACAGAUUCAACUCACAUCAAGGAUCGCAAUUGUGAGGAAUGUCUCGAGCUCACCUUCUUCAAAAGCUUUCAACACUCCUUCAUCGACAUGUUCCUACUUCGAGAGCCAGAUUGAAAAAGGCGUCACAGAAUGUGCAUCCAAAGAGGCCUGCAAUUUUGAAUUAUAUAGUUCGACCGCUACUUUGCAACCUAAGAUAAAAUUUGAGCCUACUAUUAAAGCAUCCAAACGGCCUUCUGGCUUCAUGGAUUUGUGUAGAUCAAAACGAACUUCACUAGCCAAGAAAUCGUUCAUGGAGACUCCCUUAAGAAGCGGACUAGCACAAAUUUCUAAUCAGUGCGUAGAACAAGCCUUGAACUUCGCAAAUUUUAAAUCUAAACCAUCUAGACCUUAA